AUGGUCAAACGAAAGAGAGCCGGUCUUGUAAAGCUUAACAAUCUACCUAUGCUGCAGAAUCUCAUUCGCAGAGAUCCACCGUCAUAUCGCGAAGAAUUUAUUCUCCAAUACCGCCACUAUGAGUCCCAGCGCGAUAUUUUCAUGUCGCAACCCGACGGCAGCGAAUGCGCAACUUUCAUCGAGUUGAUUGGAUUCAUGUCGAAUGUUUGCAGUUCAUUCCCGGACCUUACGCAGAAUUUUCCCAGUGAUCUCGCAGGGCUGCUCAUUAAGGGCCAUAACGUGCUGAAUCCGGACUUGAGAGAGAAGCUUGUACAGAGUUUGGUUUUAUUGAGGAAUAAAGAUGUCAUCGCAUCGACUACGCUUCUGCAGACUUUGUUCCCGGUGCUAACCACUACUCAUUCGAAGGCCUUGAGGGCGCAAAUCUAUACCACCAUUGUGUCGGAUAUGAGAAAUGCGAACUCGAAGGCAAAGAACCAUAAACUUAAUAAGACGGUGCAGACUGUUCUAUUUGGACUCGUAGAGGCAGGAAAGGAUGAUCGCAUGUCGACACAGGGACUCUGGGCUGUCAAGUUGACGAGAGAGCUGUGGAAGCGCCGUGUAUGGGACGAUGCCAGAGCUGUUGAGAUCAUGAAGGAGGCUUCGUUGAGUACAAAUCCCAAAGUCAUGGGCGGGAGUGUUAGAUUCUUCCUCGGUGUCGACCAGGAAAUGGAAGAAGCGGAAGAGAGUGAUGAUGACAACGUUCCAGAUCUCGCUCAAGUAAAGCAUCAAGCGGGCAUUAACAAGAAGACAAAUAAGAAGAAAAGGAAGGUUGAUAAAGCUUAUGCGACGAUCAAGAAGAAAGAAAAGAAUAAAAAUAAACCUCAUCCAUUGAACUUCUCUGCCCUACACCUUCUCCAUGACCCACAAGGCUUCGCUGAAAACCUUUUCUCAAAGCACCUAUCUCGCUCUAGUGCGAAGCUUACUAUCGAGCAAAAACUCCUUGUGCUGCAGCUCGUGUCCCGUUUGAUCGGUCUGCACAAAUUGAGUGUUUUGGGCAUAUACUCAUACUUACUUAAGUAUCUGAGCCCACGACAGCAGGAUGUAACACAGUUCCUUGCAUGUACUGCGCAAGCGUCUCACGACCUCGUGCCGCCAGAUGUCUUGGAGCCCAUUAUUAAGAAGAUUGCCGAUGAGUUUGUAUCCGAGGGUGUAGCAUCAGAGGUUGCGACUGCUGGUCUUAACGGUAUCCGUGAAAUCUGUGCCCGUGCCCCCUUAGCGAUGAAUGCAACACUUCUACAAGAUUUGUCAGAAUACAAGGGCUCUAAGGAUAAAGGUGUGAUGAUGGCUGCUAGAGGUCUUAUCGGACUAUAUCGCGAGAUUGCACCGGAGAUGCUUAAGAAGAAGGAUAGAGGAAAGACCGCAUCAAUGGGCAUGAAGGAUCGAGAAACGCUUAGAUUUGGUGUUGAGAAAGAGGGUGAAAUUGAAGGCUUGGAACUACUCGAACAGUGGAAAGAAGAGCAGAGAGCUCUCAGGAGGGCAGAAAAGGCCCUGGCUAGCGAUGAUGAAGCAGAAGAAGAAGAAGAGGAAGAGGACAAUUGGGACCAGUGGGAGGUUGAGGAAGAAGACAGUGACGAUGACGGCACGGGCUGGAUCAACGUCGACAGUGAUAAAGAGAUCGAGAUUAGCGACUCAGAAGAUGAGAGCGAGGAGAAGCCCCGCAAAAAGACAAAGAAGGCUGAUGAAGAAGUGACAAAAAAAGGGGAGAAGAAAGAGGUAGAGGAGGGAGAGGGAGAGGGUAAUGAUUCUGAAACUCCUAAAGACCGGCCUAUCGAGGAAAAGGUCAAUGAACUGGAGAAGAAGCUUUCAAACCUUGCAACAACCCGCAUUCUUACCCCCGCCGACUUUGCAAAACUUGCCGAACUGCGUGCCCAGGCAGGUAUGGAUAAACUCCUCGGAAACGAUAAAAAGAGCAAGCACGCAAGCCGUACAGGCAUUACCAACGAAGAUGCCGUCGAUGUACUCGAUAUUCAAGGCCCUGCAAAGCGUGGUAAAGCAGAUAAGGAAGCGCGUCUUGCAGCCGCUGCGGAGGGCAGAGAAGGCCGUGAAAAGUUCGGAUCGAAGAAGUCUAAACAUAAUGAGAAGGAGCACAGUACGACGAACAAGGAGAAGGCGAGAAAGAAGAAUUUCUUGAUGACGGUGAGAAAGGCCAAAGGAAAGCAGAAGAGGAGUUUAGUGGAGAAACAAAGAGUGUUGAGGGCACAUGUGGAGAAGCAGAAGAAGCAGAAGAGAAAGCAUUAG